GCUGCCGUGCGUGCGUGACGUCGCGUGAGGUAGCUCCGGCCAGGGUCGCCUCGGCGUUUCUCUCCCCGCCCCGCAGUCAUGGCGGCGGAGCAGGAGGCCUUGAAGGGCGGCGGAGGCGGCGGCGGCGGCAACAGCGGCCGCAACCGGGGAGGCGUCCAGCGCGUCGAGGGGAAACUCCGCGCCAGCGUGGAGAAAGGAGACUACUACGAGGCGCACCAGAUGUACCGGACUCUGUUCUUCAGGUACAUGUCGCAGGGCAAACACGCAGAAGCCAGAGAGCUCAUGUAUUCAGGGGCUCUGCUCUUCUUCAGCCAUAAUCAACAAAACAGCGCCGCUGAUCUCUCCAUGCUUGUUCUGGAAUCCUUGGAGAAAUCAGAUACAAAAGUGACAGAUGAGCUAUUAGAGAACUUGGCAAAAAUGUUCAGCCUGAUGGAUCAAAACUCACCCGAAAGAGUAGCUUUUGUGUCCAGAGCCCUGAAGUGGUCCAGCGGUGGAUCGGGGAAGCUGGGACAUCCAAAACUACACCAGUUGUUGGCUAUCACGUUAUGGAAAGAGCAGAACUAUUGUGAAUCUCGCUAUCACUUCCUGCACUCCACCGACGGGGAAGGUUGCGCAAAUAUGUUGGUAGAAUAUUCCUCAGCCAAGGGAUAUCGCAGUGAAGUGGACAUGUUUGUGGCUCAAGCUGUGUUACAAUUCCUGUGCUUGAAAAACAAAACUAGCGCCCUGGUGGUUUUCACGACGUACACCGAGAAACAUCCCUCCAUAGAGAGCGGGCCCCCCUUUGUACAGCCCUUGCUCAACUUCAUCUGGUUUCUGCUGCUGGCGGUUGACGGAGGAAAGCUGACCGUAUUUACAGUAUUGUGCGAACAAUAUCAGCCUUCGCUGAAACGGGAUCCCAUGUAUAACGAAUACCUAGACAGAAUAGGACAGCUCUUCUUCGGUGUCCCCCCAAAACAAACAUCAUCCUACGGAGGACUAUUAGGCAAUCUUUUAAACAGCCUCAUGGUAGCCGGGGAAGAGGAGGAGACGGAAGAAGAGCAGCAGGAAAACAGCAGCCCCAUCGAGCUGGAUUGAGAUCCUCCUGAAUCCCUUGAAAUCCGACCACGUGCUCACCCGAGACUCCCGCGACGACGACAAAAUGAAACGAAAAACAAAAAAAGACAUUGGGAACGAAUCCUGCGGUCGUUCCUCAUCAGAUUCAAGGGGGCCACCUCUGUUAUGUUUAAAAGAAGAAGGUUUGCUGAGAUGUUCAUAAUGUUUUGGUCUAUAUUAUUUAUGUAAAAAACAAAAAACACACACAACCCAAUACGCUGAGGGGGGGGGGUUAGCCAGGAAGAAAAAAAACACGAUUUUGUUGCGAUCAUUAGCGGACUUUUCUUAAUGAAAAAGACCGAAAAACGCGCCUUCUCUGUGGUUUUCUGAGCAGUAUUUCCCUCCUCUUUCCAGGCCCACGAAACAAAACCAGAACACACAUGGAUUGCUUUAUAUAUAUAAUAAUAUCUUAUACGGUAUAUAUAUAUUUUUCCCAAAGGCUACCGUUUCAUUCCAGCCAAUUCACCGAUUAAGGACUUUUGAUUGUCAAAGUGUGGGGGGGGGGAGAGAGAAGAAAAAUGGGGUGGAGUUGUUGAAAAUUCAGACAGUUUGCUGCUCAAGAAGGCAUCCCGUAAACUGGUGCCAAAAUAAUAGUAGUAGUAGUAGUAAUAAUGAAUUUUCAGAUGAGCCAAAGAAAAAAAAAUUGCUACUAAUUGAAAAAGAAAAAAACAAACCCAAGCAAGAACUUAUCCAUAGUAAAGUGGGGGGGGAGGGAAUGAUACAUUUGAGUAAAUUAAAGCAAGGAACAGGCUGAACACAAUUUUGGGUAAUGUAAACUUCCUUUAAAAAAUACGUCAUUUAACCCCAACGUGUGGAAGGUUUAGUCAAAGGAGAAUUUUUGGCCCU